UCCCUCGACGAUACAAAGUAUUUGACUUUUUUGGGAGGCGCCCUCGAGCGAACUGCGGCCAAAAAAAAAAAACAACCCUGCGCGGCACCCGUAGCCCGCUGACGUCACCGACAAACAUGGCGGCUCGCUCCGAUGAAUGAGCCGAACGCAACAACAAGAACAACUGUGCACAUUGGCGUCGUUUGUGCCUUAAAUAAGCGAAACGUUUAGAUUAUUGAACCGUGUGUGUCUGAGCCCAUGACACACGCUGCCGCUUCCCCAGCGGCCGGCUCCUCUUCCUCCUCCUCCUCCUCCUCCUCCUCGGUCUUCACCGAACUGUGGAGGAGCGUCUCGAAACUCCAUCACAGCAAAGCACCAGACGGGGACACGGGACGGCAGAUGCCUGGUACAGCAGCAGCAGCAGCAGCAGCAGCAGCAACAACAACAACAACAACAACAACAACAACACCGCCGCCCGGUCGUCAAGAUUUGCAGAGUCCGAACCGCAGAGGCUGCAGCCGGUACAGUGGUCUGAACAAUGGGGAUUCUCCGGGCGACGUGGAAGUGUCGCAAGACAUUUUCUGGGACCCCACAUCUCCCACUCAAGCCAACACAGGCUCGGGGCACAGGAACACCAGAGUCGUGGAAAUAUCAGACAUCGUCAACCGUAUUGCUCCGAAGGAUGUAAAACCGAAAGGGACCGACUCCCCUCUGCUGCAGUGGAUCGGCGACAGCGCUGUCCCUUGCACUCCAGGGUUUCCGGCGCAGAGAGUCAGGAAGAGGUCAUCUCGGCAGAGCAGUGUAGAGGACCUCAUGAAACUGGCCCGGCAGUUCGACAAGAACAUGCAGCAGGACAAAGAGAUUUCAGAGCGACUCAACACUGUCAGCAGCGACCCCGAGGAAUGUGGGAACGCGUCCAUAACGAAGCCAGCGGAGACGUCGUUCCGUUGCGGCACGAGGGACCCGAAGGAUCAGGCGGAGGCCGAGCUGCACGCUCUGUUCGACUGCUCCACUCAGAAAGUAAGCGGCCCGCUGAGCCAGGGCUCCGCGGCAUCAGCCUGCUCGCAGAGAACGAAAGAGCAGCCUGCGUCCUCGACCCCAGCUGAGCCGCGACAAUCUCAAAAGCUCGCGUCCGCCUCAGCUGCUCGUCCUGCUGAAGAAGAAAUGGGAACUUGCGGUGCGAAUGACUGUGACGACUUUGACGACGACUGGGAGAACGAUGACCUAGUCAAUGACUAUUUCGUGCUGGCAAUGUCCCAGAAUCCUGACCAGCAGCAAGACACCAGCCCUAAAGCCACUUUGCAGUCUGAAACAAAGACAAAUACUACUAAUAUGACUUCUGUUUGCAAACCUACUGCAAAUACGAACGAUGCACAACCGCCUGCGAACGUGCACUCCAAGCCAAGCUGCAGCCUGCUCCAGGAACUGUGUCCCAAACCAAAGACGACCAACCGAAGCACUUUCAAGUUACAGUCCAACCCUCACUUCCGGCCGCAGACUGCCGCGAAAGAAGUUUCCAGGUCCAGCUGUACAGUUGCGCAAGCUAAAUCGCAGACGCCUGACCAGAAGUCUGUUACAACAAAGACACCGGCGACUCCUCAGCCUGACAAGGUCGCCGAUAAUCCGCCGGGGGCUCGUGUGGCCGCAGCAGACUCCGCCAAAGACAUCGCGGACAGCUUGUGGGACGACGGGGACGACGACGCGCUGCUCUACCAGGUGUGCGACAGCGUGGAGAGGAUCUCCAACAGUCAGCCACAGCUAGUGGCAAGCCGCCAAGAACAAGAAGACAUUGCAGUCGACAGACAGCGGAAAGCCACCGCGCCCCUGCCAAUCGACAGGGCGGGGUCCGCGAGCGCUGGCACCGGCGCCAACAGGCAGUCGCCGCGCGCUUUCGUCCGUUCUAACUCAUUACCGGGGACUAGCUGCGCAACCGUGAACCUCCAGGGGUGGAACGUUCCCAUGAGAGGCGCCAACAACAAGUCACGGAUGUCUCAGAGCCUCCCCGGGAGCCGCGUGAGUCCGGGCACGUUCGGCCUCCAGAGGAAUCCCUCUGGAACUUUCCAGGCCGGGAACGCCGAUGUGGACAUGAAGCCGCACACGGUGAUUUCCCAUCACGCAGCCUUCAAGAGAAACGUGUCCGACUCCGCAGCUACAAGCAGCAAAGUUUUUGUCACGAGCCAGAUGACAGGAAAGUGCUCCGCGGCCGAGAUCCAGAGGAAGAAGCAGGAGGCCUUGGCGAGGAGGCGGCUGCGAAUGCACAACGCCCCGAAACCGUAGAGGACCUCUUAUCGUACAGCAUUAUCGUACUGCAAUGAACCUUGACACAACUCGAUCAGUGUUAAUAGUUUACUGCUAGAUCACCGGCGAUCACCGGGUGAUUCGCUCGCACAGAAAAGACCUUGUUGCCUAUUAAGGACCCGUUUCUGCUGGAUGUAGAAACAUGUGAUUUAACGCACCUUCUCAGAUCACAGUGCAUUUUUUUACACUAGAAAGAGAUUAAUAAUCCUGAGCCUUUUACGUUUUGCAAGAGAGUUUACAUCCGCUGAGUGUGAAAUAAUUCCAAACGCUAAAGACUAGAACUGAUCACGUGCUGUAUUUGUUGUUUUCCAACAUUGUCAUUUCAAGCUGUCCGCACACAUUUCGGAGAGAAAAUGCCUUUUGCUGGUUUUUCUCUUUUUGUUUAUACGUGAAUAUUUCCCAGUUUUAAUUCUCUGAUGAACGACUGACGAGACGUGAAAACACAGUGUGUGUUGUUGAUGUCCACAGUUUACAGUGAACCCUGGCUAACUGCUGCUGUUUGUGUUUGAUAAAACUUGACUAUGUGCCUUAAACAUUUACUGACGGAGGCUUAAAAUAUUUGGCCAUUUCCAUAAUUUUUGUAAUCAAAAGUAUUGCGUUACAAGAAAAACAGUGUCGUAACACAAUCUGAAACUUUUCUUUGAGCCCAAACUACAAGUUUAAUCGAUGAGAAAGUACAGUGUCUUAUAUAUGAGAAAAUGAGCAUGUUGUGAUUCAGGUGAUUUUUGUUUUGAAAUAUCUCUGUUUUGUUUUCCUCUACAUUUUUUAUGUGCGUGUCACGUGUCUUUUAUCCGUCAGAGCCAGUCAGUGUUAUACUGUAGAAAUACAGUGUCAUGGCCCCUCCCCCCUCUGUUGGAACAGAUCAUUGUAAUAGCCGUGCUAUGAACCUUUUCAGAAAUUGUUGAUCCAACGACAAUAAAAUAAAAACGACAGCCAUGGAA